AGGAGGAGGCGGCGUGAGGCGACCAUGGCGGGAGGAAUGAAAGUGGCGGUCUUGCCGGCAGUUGGUGCCGGGCCCUGGAGUUGGGGGGCCGGGGGUGGCGGGGCAGUGCGGCUGCUUCUGGUCCUCUCCGGCUGCUUUGUCUGCGGCUCAGCCGAAAUUGGUUUAAAGGUGGUCAUGCUUCAGGAAUCCCAAGUUUUUUAUAUGAAUACCAGUCAACAAUGCUGUUACAAAAAUGUGCUUAUCCCAAAGUGGCAUGACGUAUGGACACGGAUACAGAUCCGGGUGAAUAGUUCCAAACUGGUCCGAGUCACCCAGGUGGAGAAUGAGGAGAAACUGAAGGAGCUAGAGCAGUUUAGUAUCUGGAACUUUUUUUCCUCCUUUUUAAAAGAGAAAUUGAAUGACACCUAUGUUAAUGUGGGUCUGUACAGCAGAAAAACCUGCCUCAAAGUUGAGAUUUUAGAGGAAGACACCAAAUACAGUGUCGUUGUGACUCGGAGAUUUGACCCCAAACUCUUCCUAAUUUUCCUCCUUGGAUUUACACUAUUUUUUUGUGGAGACUUGCUGAGCAGAAGUCAAAUCUUCUACUAUUCUACUGGGAUGAGUGUGGGAAUUGUGGCCUCUUUACUAAUCAUCAUUUUUAUAGUGUCCAAGUUUAUGCCCAAGAAAAGUCCCAUUUACAUCAUCCUGGUAGGAGGCUGGUCCUUUUCUCUAUACCUCAUUCAGCUAGUUUUUAAAAAUUUACAAGAGAUCUGGAGGUGUUACUGGCAGUAUCUUUUAAGCUAUGUCCUCGCAGUUGGGUUCAUGAGUUUUGCAGUCUGUUACAAGUAUGGGCCUUUGGAGAAUGAACGAAGUAUCAACCUGCUGACCUGGACCUUGCAGCUGCUUGGCCUGUGUUUCAUGUAUUCCGGCAUCCAGAUACCACACAUUGCCCUUGCCAUUAUUGUCACUGCGCUGUGUUCUAAGAACCUGGAGCACCCUCUUCACUGGCUGUACAUCACCUACAGAAAGAUGUGUAAGGCAACAGAAAAGACUGUUCCCCCUCGUCUUCUGACAGAAGAAGAAUAUCGGCUACAAGGAGAGGUGGAGACCCGAAAGGCUUUAGAGCAGCUUAGAGAAUACUGCAACAGUCCAGACUGCUCAGCUUGGAAGACUGUUUCUCGAAUUCAGUCUCCAAAGAGGUUUGCUGACUUCGUGGAAGGUUCUUUCCACCUCACACCCAAUGAGGUUUCUGUCCAUGAGCAGGAGUAUGGCUUAGGGAGCAUUAUGGCCCAGGACGAACUCUCUGAAGAAACGUCCUCUGAGGAGGAGGGCUCCGAUUCCCGGUACCCCCUUGUCGUACAACAGAACAGCUUCCUGACUUAGGUGGAUUGGCUGGGUACUCAGUGGUCCAGGCUGCCUGUGUUUGGUGUGCAAUUGCUUCUCAGAUCUUUGAAGCCGGGUGAGGUGACUGCAGAGAUUCUUCCACUGAAACUAGAGGCCUGAGUAGACCUCUCUCGGGAAGUGGUCUCGGUGGGGUCUCGGGGGGUCCCGAGGAAGCAGAGCAGAUAACGUGGUGGCUGCUUCCCGGUGCCUCGUUGGCUCAGCUCUCAGCCCACGUUUGUGUUUCCGGAGAAACUGGGUUGCCACAGCUCGCCCAGGGCAGUCCAGCUCCUCUUUGAAGUUGGCUCCAUUGUGGCUCUUCAGACUCGGAAGUGACACCCGUUACAUGUGAAUUAAUGCUUUCAGACUGGCUGCAUCUUCAGAGACAAAUCCACAGAUCUGAGCCUCUUACUUCUGCUUUCAUUUCAGUGACUUUAGCAUAAUCCUUGUUUUAACUGUUCUAGGAGGAAAAUGGAUUAUCAUUUGCCUGUCUUGUUUUUUAAAUUAAUACAUUUAAAAAAGUGAAACUAUGUUCCAGCACUAGCAGGUGCUCCAGAGUGACAAGCCUCCCACGUAUUUAUUAAUAUGGGUUGUUCAUUAAAGCCCCAGUAACUCUUGUGCUGAACUUUGAGUUAACUCUCACACCUAUGAUAUUCUAAGUCCUGCUUACUUUAGGAACAUGCCUGCAGGCCCUUCUGUAGAUGAGGUCUGUUGGGGUUUUUAUUAUAUUGCAUUGGCCAACAAGUUCAGGAUUUUCCAUAAGCUCCUUAUGAAAACAAAUUUUUUGGCCAACCCAGUAUUUAACUUCCAGUUCCAAAUAGGCUUUCAGGCAUCCCUUCCAAUUCCUCUUUGUUCCCUUUGCCCUUUCAAGAAGGGUCUAUUCUCUCACCUCUGAGUAUGUACAUUUCAGAUUGUUUUAUUUCUUAUAUUCUCUUCUCUUUGAUUUAUAGCAUCAUUCCCACUAUUUAGGAGAAGUGAUCUUAUUUAGGGAAUUUAAAUGCUUUUUACAGGUUCUCUUAUUUUUUCCUGUCCACUGGUCACACAUCUUUGAAUUGUUGUGGGAUCACGAAAUUAGCUCCUUUUCCUUCCCCUCCCUUUGUCUACCCAUCUAAAUACCUAUUCUUACUGGUCUUUGCUUCCACCUGUCCGUCUCCCUGCAGGAAGCCUGGCUCGUUUGUGGGCCCUGAAACUACCUGUGAAGCUCUUGAUGCGACGUGCAUGUUGUAGCUGUGUGGCUGCCACGGUUUGCGUUGCCAGGAGACAGGCUUCAGACCAUCCUUGUGCCUCUGGGCGCUUGCACAGCCAUCUGGGUCAGAUGUGCUUUCCUAUGACUUCUUGUACUUAUUUGCAGUUCCGUUUCUGACCAGAGGUUCCUGCUGCCUUUUAUUACAGUGGCAUUGUUUCACAUUCUUUUGCCAUUGGAAAGUACCCUUAUAAACCAGCAAUGCUGUUUAUGAGGGAGCAAAUUCCCAAGUCUUGUCAUUCGCUUGGUUCUGUCUUUGUGAUCUUCACCUUUGCACCGUGGAAAAAGCUGUAAUUACUUUAGCCAGGAAGAUAGGCACUGAUGGCAGGAGCGUAGCAUUGAACUGACUGACUUACCAUGUCGUGAAGCAGGCAGAUGAUUUUUGUUAAAAAUCUGCAAUGAAUGACUCCUUCAGGCCACCCAUUUAACAGAUAAUUUUGAAAGGCUCUGGGCUCCGUUACUGACUUCCAGAGUGUCAGCUCCGAGACUCCCCUCCAGGUGGCCAGUUGAUUUUUUCUGCCAGUGUUUCCCACAGCUUUAAACUCUCCUAAAGUGACAACUGCCUCAGUUGGCAAAUAGACUUAUAGAAGAAAGUGGAAAAUAAACAGUAUUUGGACAGAUGACAUGGGUUAAAAUGCUUUACAUUAGGAAACCUUUCUACCUUUGUAGUUAUGUACAUGGUAGCAUUAUAUCCCUCUGCAGAAAACUAUUAAGGCUUCUGAGUUUUACUUUUUUUUUUUUGCCUCAUUUAUAGAAAUUGAAACUUGGCAUAUUUAAGCAUAAGCUGAUUUAAAAAAAUAAUGCGGCCGUACAAGUGGUCUCAGGGCCCCCUUGAGCCUUUGGUACCUCCCCACAUGGCCACUUCCUCUAGGCUGAUACUUCUGACGCCUGUCUUUAUUUCAGUGAGAACGCGCUGUGAAGUGGAGAAGGAUGCUCGUCUUUUGUGUUUAGUAAACUCCUUGUGAUACACCACUUCCAUCUCAAGACGAGUUUUUCUCACUGUGUUUGAAUUUGGGGUGAGUGAAAUCAAACUCGGUUUAUUACUCCCUGUCUGGAAGUUGGAGAGCCGAGCUGUAGGCAGGGCCAACCACAGCAGGUCGCGUUGUCACGAGCGCGCCUCUCAGACAGCGAGGGCCGCGCCGUGCGUCCUUGGCCUGCCCUCCGCGCAGCUCUUCCCCGGACGCCUCGGGGCCUCCGCGUGCCGGGGCUUGCUCGGCUCGGCCGGCGUCAGGCGCUGCUCGGCCGCUUGUGUGUUGGCUCAGCCACCGCCUGAGGCCCUCGUCGCGUUUUCUCUGGCGGCACAGCUCCUGCGGCUUCAUCGUAGUCUUGUGUCUCAGACCGACCUCGUAGGGAAGGGCUGCAGGGGUAACUGGCGUGAGCUGGACAUUGGAGCCCUCGUCUGCCGCCGCGUCAGCGUCUUGUUCCACAAAUAUCAAGCUGCAAAUUGGCCCUCGGAGUCAGGGUCUCAUCAGCAUCAGAAAUCUAUGGCCUCUAAUGGAUCUGAUCAAGUUAUAUAGAGCAUGCCUCCCAUUAAUGGGAGCACAAGUCAACUGGCUUAAAACACUUUCCCUUCACUUUCCCACUCGGAUUGCUUUCAUGAGACCAAUGGAACCAAUGACUGAAAAUAAGGAAAACUCAGCACUUUUGAUAUCUUCUAGUAAGAAAUUCCUAUCAGCCACUUCAUGCCCCAGAGCUAGUUUAUUUCCCCCCCUAAAAUCACGGCUUUUAUAUUCUGUUGCAGAAUUUUGCUGAUGAGAGACUCUCCAGUGUUGCAUUUUGUGCUGACACAUUCCAUUCUAGGGCCCCGCCUUUUCUUCACUGACUUGUGUUCCCUUCAACCCAGUCCCCACUUUGCAUGUGUGAUAGACAGUUGAUGAACGAAAGCAGUCAAAUAGGCUAGAUAGUUCCCCAGGCCCUCAUUUCCGUAAAAGGCUUGGGGAUGAAUUAUGCAAUUGCCCUUAAUCUUUUUGUUGUUCCAGAAAAAAAGAUGGGCUCAGAUGGAUGCCUCUGUAAAAAUGGUUCCUAGCUAUGUACUCAUAACUUUUCUCUGAAUUGAGUAGUGAAAGUUGAAGUAGGAGGAAAGGAAAUUAAAUGUCCUAGUAUUCCUUUGGACUCAGGUCUGACAUAUGAGAUAAUAACCUAUAUUGAAAUGCCAAGAAUUUUAUCUGAACCAAGGAGAGGACAGUUUGACAGAUUUAUUAUUCCUUCAUGUUACAUAGGCACUGAAACAAAGUAAUAAACAUAAAAUAGCCAUUGUACAAGGCAAUUGCACCUAAAACUUUUUGUUUUGAUGUAACAGAAAUUGAUCAUUAUUUUUUUGGGGAAACCUAUGCAAUUGUGGUGACCCAGUGGCGUCUCUGGGUAACUUAGCUUAUGGAUUCAGUUGCUGUUGAGGUAGAUUCUAGACAGUUAUUAACUUGAAAAGGGAGUUUGGUGCCUUAUGUGAUGGGAGCCAGAGCCUGCUGGGAAUAAACAAGGCGAAUUCACACCAGUGUCAAUGCACAGCUCUAGCAGGGAAGGAAGGACAUUUGGGGACACAGCACCCCCAAAUUUGGGGCUUUUGGCUCCCACACCCCCUGCCCAUGUGCAUCACCAUCCUCUUCACACUCUUGACAAUAACUUGAAAAUGGUGAAAUCACUAUCUCUGCCUUUUUCUACAGCAUGGGCAAUGUUCUUAUCUUGUUAACAUAAUAGGUAGCUCUUAAUGUGAGCAUUAGAACUGUUACAACCUGCAGUUGCCUCAGUUUAUCUGUUUCUAGGAUUGAUGGUGAAGUAGGGAGUUCCUGGGUAAGUUUUAGCCUGUGGGUAAU